AUGAUAGGUACUCCCCUCCACAUUUGUGACAAGAGGAAUAAGUCUCAUCCACUGUCCCCCAACAUUUUUGUGAUGAUAUUAUCCUCCACAUCAGCAAUACCCUAUAAAUAA